AACAGGCUCCUGGCCGGCGUAGUAGCGAGUAUUGCCCGCACCUGAAUCAGGUCUAGGAGACGAGGCCCCAUGGUAAGGGGUGCCUUGGGUGCCCUCGUUUGCACUCAUGGUUUCGAUCGGUGUAGUUCCGCCGUCAACGAUCAAGGGGAAAGGAGCAGAGUCAACAACAGUUUCAGCGUCUGUGAUCGAAGCGUCGUCGUGCAGCUCGAUCUCUUCGCUACUGGCAGUGCCAGACUUGACAGUCUUGUGCUUGGGCCGUUUUGGCUUUCUCUUGGAAGGAGGCUUGGUGGGUGCUUGGACGGGAGAAGUAGCCUCGUUACCUGCCUCGAUACCUACCUCGUUGGUGUUGCUUGCCUGGCUUGGCUUGGAGGAGGGAGAGAUAUCCUCAGGCACACUGUCAGGCAAUGUGGUGAUGGUCGCCUCAGACGAGGAAGAGACAACGGACGAUUCGACGCUGCCUUGAGGCGAAUUAUCAGGGUGUUGGCCUGGAACACAGGUAGAAUCUGGUUCAGACGAGGAAGAUGGAGGGGAUUCUGAAGAUGAGGAAGAAGGAGUAAGGGUAGGAGGUGAUUGGGCUGGAGAGUCCAUCUCUCUGUCCAGCUCUGGUGCUACCGGGACCCUCAUGGUUGCUGAUGUCGUGUUCAUCAGGACCACCUGAUAAUAUUGUGCUCAGGAUGAUUUGUAAUUAGAAGAGGGAUGUGCGGCACUGUCGUGAGAAUUCUCACAGAGUGCGCACACAGCGGGAUGAAGGAUGAAGCGGUUGGGAUGGAGAAGACAAAGGUGGCAGAGAAGGGAGGAGGCUGGAGAUGUGAAGCCGCCUGGUUGGAGGGCAAACAGAGGACAACAGGUGCCCCGCUAAGACAGGCAAACAAAGGCUUUCACUUCUUUUUAAUAAUACUAUUCAUAGCUGAAAGGCGUUUGUUAAUAUCCAUAUUAGUUAUAUAGUUGUAUUAGUUCUAUGAUGAACAUCCUGCAUAGUGCUGAC